AUGCCCAAGGGCAGGUCGCCAUGUCUCCAUGCGACGCGCUGGCGCGGGCUGAAAGGCUGCCGCAGCACCCGGGCCUUUGCCUCGCAGGUGGGGCACGUGGGGCACGCGGCGAAGCCGAAGGCGGUGUCGGUGCAGACGGAGUUGAAGCGCAUGAAGUACUUCGACUCAUUGAAACGAAAAUUGAAAGACUGGUGCAGCAGCAACGGCUGCAAGCGCUAUCCCAGUUUAGCCUUCGAGCGCUGGUGGUACUCCGCCAUGUCCUUUGAUUUCCAGGACGAUCCCCUGCUGCCUGUGCCGGCUUCAUCGCAGGACCCGGCGCUGCUGGCGGACCUGGAGCAGGUGGAUUUUUCGCCCGCCGAGGCCAAAGAGAUGAUCAGGCGUCUCCACUCAUCUUCCUCCGCGGCGGCUCGCAAUUUGGUGAAGCUGAAAGGUUCCGAAGCUCCACUGUUGGUGGAGGUGCAACAUUUGGAUGGAGAGGAAGUGCUUCUAUCUUGCCAAGAAGUAUCAGCCAGAUUGAGUUUGCCAGCGUACAAGAAGUUGCAACAGCUUUAUCAGCUCAAUAGUGCGAAGGAGCUUGCUAAUGAAGCCGCCCUGGCUUCGUUUCAUCAAGCUGCAUUGGUCUUGGCCUUGCGCUAUCAGAGCCUCGGGGGCGUGGGCUUCCAGCUGGCCCUGCCGCCACCGGCCUGGAAGGUCUUGGAGGAAGACUUCGGGGUGUUUGUGGUUGCCACUCUGGUCGCCUUGGUCACCUUCAGCGUGAGUUUUGUGCCAGGCGUGCUACCUGGUUCACGCCACCAACGCGGAAACCGCAGUGGCACUGCAGCGUUGCCCUGGGACGCGGAAGGCAACGCGAAGGGUGAGCGCGCAUGGGCCUCUCUGGCCCGGGCCUAUCCCGGAGCUGCUCAGACGGGAAAGUUUUUAGGUGCCGACUGCAGUAAGGGUACCAUCAUCGGCCGCUACGAGCGCUUGGGCGGUGUGCUGGGUGCCGACGUGGCCUUGCAGAUGGUGGAGAAAGAGCCGGUGUUGCUGCUGGGGGACACUUCCGUGCAGGAACGCUCCUUUCAAUACCUCACCGGUUUGGAGGAGGAGUCCCAAAAAGGCCUAGCUCUAGAAGCUGUUCAGAAGAAUCCCCGAUUGCUCACCAUCCCCGCUUUUGAAUAUGAAAGAACGAAGCCUUCUUUGGACUCUUUGAACACGGCAGCGACAGCCAUUGACUUCCUGCGACCCCUGGGCGAGGUGGGCUUGGCAAUUGUCAUUUUCGGGUCCUUUGUGGCGCUGCUGCUAGUGCUCAGGCCGCUCAUUUACGGAGUGGGCGGGGGCCCGUCCCUUCUUGGCAGCAUCACGGGUUCAUUGCCACCCAUUCCCAAGCCAUGGGAAAUUGCAGAGAGCUACGGCAUCAACCUGGCCAGUUUUGUUGCACUGAUUCCCAUCUCUCAGGUCAUCAGCGCUUUCAGCAAACAGAUGAAGUGA